AUGACCCUCCACUUCGCCAAGGGCAACUACUUUUCCUACGGCGCGUCGCGGCCCCGCCUCUCGCGCCUCAUUUACCCGGCCCCGCGCCCCGGUCACGCCGGGCUGGGCACCCACCUGACCCUCGACCUCGCCGGGCGCAUCCGCUUCGGCCCCGACGUCGAGUGGGUCGACACCCCGGAGGACCUGUCCGUCAGCUCCGCCCGCCUCGCCCUCGCCAUAGACGAGAUCCGCGACUACCUCCCUGCCGUGGACCCCGACGCUCUCGCUCCCGACUACGCGGGUAUUCGGCCCAAGCUGUCCCGCUCCGGCUCCGUCACCCACGGCACGGGGUUCCAAGACUUUAUUGUGCGGGCUGAGGAGGGCCAUGGUGGUUGGAUUAGCUUGCUCGGCAUCGAGAGUCCCGGUCUGACGAGUAGCCUUGCCAUCGCCGAGAGGGUGCGUCGCCUACUGCAUGGAUGA